AUGAAACCACCACAGUUUCAUGGGGGAUUGGAUCCGCUAAAGGUUGAAGCAUGGGUCCUCAGCAUAGAGAAAUUGUUUGAAGUGUUUCCUUGUUUAGAAACACAGAAGAUUUUCUACGACAAAUAUUUUCCACAAUGCGUCCAUGACAGAAAGGUGUCAGAAUUCAUGGAACUUAAACAAAACAGUAUGACAAUAGCUGAGUAUGAGGCCAAGUUCACUGAGUUAGCCAGAUUUGCACCACAUGUGGUUGAUACCGACUAUAAGAAAGCGAGGCAUUUUGAAGGAGGGCUUCGAGAUGAUAUCUUAGAGAAGGUGAAUGUUCUCAAGAUGAAAACCUAUAUUGAGGUGCUGGACCAGACCACAACAUUAGAAGCUAACAUAGCCAGACAUGCCAAAUCGACAAUUGACUGA